CAUUGAACGUGUUCCAAAGAAUAUAUAAUACGUAAGCUAGUGCUGCAUCCAACUGCACUGUUGUUGCGUUGUGGUACGGAAGUGCAACUACACAGCUCACAUAAUGGGGCGUGUUGCGCGGUACAAGAAAGUCAAAGCCUGUGACCCGUACUCGAAAGAAAACGGCGGACGUAUCCAGUUGGACGAAGUUGGCAUCUGGGGCAUUGGGAAGGACAGUCGCAAACCCAAAAAGCGGAGCAAAACCUCCGAACGGCUUAGAGUGAAACGUAAGAAAACAACAGAAAUCGAUGAUGGAUUCGAUGCGCCCCCGGAAAAGGGAGACGAUUUUGACAUGGCGGACUUGUACGGUACUCUGAAGCAGGAAAAGGUCCAAAACGAGCAGUUCGACCUGGGAAGUAGCGUUAAAGCCCACACGACAAUAAUCACGAAAACUCCGUCAAAGCCAAAUCCGCCAAUCGAUGAGGACGAUAAAAAGACCAAUAUGAUUUUGAAGCUGGAUGAACAAGUGGACAAAAAGAAAGCGGCUGUCCAAUCUCUAGGACGCAUGGAGGGUGAAACGAAGAACGCCUUUCGAAAACGAGUCAAAGCAGAGACUCGUCAAAUCAUAAAGCGUGAGAGUAUGGAUCUGCACAAUCCUGAAAAGCGACAGAAAAAGAAAGAAUUUCUUAACAAGAAAAAAAGUAAGAAGCGAAAAGCUUCCUCGUUGUCUUUUGGUGAUGACGACGACGAAUCAAACUACCAGUCCGACACGACUGUUGAGAAGAACGGCGGGCUGAUUACUGGCGAACGCGCAGUCGCAGCUAGAGCUGUAGCUACGCAAGCUCACUUUGGGGAGCAGGCUGAACGUCCACCGGUUUUCCGACAGCUCCCCCGUGGGGCUAUAAAGAAAGCUGACAAGAAAUCCUCCGUUUCGAAGUUAUUCCGCGACGAAGACAUUUUAGCGGAACAUCAAGCCAUGGAAAGCAUAAGGCGAAAAGUCCAAGCCCAAUAUUCGCUUAUCAAGAGACAACGUAAGAGCAAUAAUGACUUUCAUCUGUAGAGGUGGGUUUAGUUAAUCUGUACCAGAAGCU